AUGGAAUGUGCCUGGUACCUUUGUGUCUGCAGCCUCCUCUGUGUCUGGCCUGCGGCAGCAGGACAUCCUUGCAGCAUUGACAGUAAGGGAUGGGCUGACUGCAGUGGAAAGAGCCUUCCACACACUCCAGAUUCCCUUCCUGGAAACAUCACCAGCUUGGACCUUUCCUUCAACUCCUUGGCAAUGCCCAGAAGUGGGACUUUCUUGAUACACUUCCCUUCUCUGCGUGCCCUAAACCUCUCCAACAACAUCAUUCCCAUGCUCUAUCCAGCAGUCUUCUCUAACCUCUGGGCACUUCAUCUGCUGGACCUGAGCAGCUGUAACAUCUCCCGCCUUCACCCAGAAGCUUUCCAGGGCUUGAGAAACCUGCACACGCUGCUCCUGAAAAACAAUAAGCUUCAGAUUCUGCAGCUGCCUGCGUUCCUAGCCUUUGGAGCCCUUGUCCAUCUGGAUCUGCGGAAUAAUGAUCUGCUCUCUGUGGAUGCACUAGUCCUGCAACGGAUGGAAAGAACCCAUCAGAUCCUGCUUCAGGGGAACCCCUGGGUCUGUAAUUGUUCCAUGUAUCCUUUCCAGCAAUGGCUACAUCAAAGACGAGGUGUGCAAGUACUUUGUGCCUCCCCACCAGAACUCCAGGGCCAGGAGGUCAAGACCCUGAACUUUCAGGAUCUGGGCUGUAGGAGAAAACAGCGGUUUCCUCAGGCUCAGCCUUCACUCAGAAGAAAACUGCUGGCCACAGUGCAGAGAAAUGAUACAACCACCACUGCAGCAACCACCAUGUCACCUGCAGGGAAGGAAGGGAACAGCUGGCCAUACUUGGUGGGCUUCCUUGUAUCAGCUGUUGGCAUCUCCAUCCUGAUUGCACUGGCUGCAAAGUGCAAACUAUUCCAUAAGAACUUUGCCAGCUACCGCCACCGGCCACUGCCUGACACCAGCUCGAUGGGAGGCAGCCAUGCUGAGAGGGGGGCUGCCUGGGGGGAGAACCAAUCCAUGCCUAGUGCUGCUGGGCUGCAACUGGAGGACGAUGAUGGCUUCAUUGAAGAUAACUACAUCCAGCCAAGUGAACGGCUGCAGGAGGAAGACUAA